CAUACGCAAUUUUCGUACAAAUUUUUUACCAAUUGCCGAAAAAAUAUGAAUUUCCGUUUAUUCCACCUUAAAAAAUCAUUGUCAUCAUGGUCGCUUCUUAAAUUCGGAGCACGAAAAUCAAUCCUCGAAUUGACAAAUACUAUAGCAAAGCUUAUCACCUCUUCUAGAUGUGAAGAAGUCAUCCUUCAAUUAUAACAACCAUAACAACGAAUGAAGCUUAUUUUGUUCCAGUCGUUCGUUAGUGAUAGGCUAGCUGAUCGUGUUAACCAUUCUCGUACACAAUCCACUUUGUGUAGGUGUUGAGUGUUUGAUUUGAAUAUUGAAAACGUUCUUGACAGAAUCAUACGUGAUCACUUUGUUUUCGAGCGAAUGUUAUCUAUUGUGCUCAAUCAUAAUCGAGGCAGUAACUCAACACUGGUGUAUCUGUGUGAAUUUUCACAAUCAUUGACCUGAUAAUCUUCAAAAAAUAAAUGUAAAAAAAAACCAUCGUUUUCGACACAUAUGUUUGCCAGCAUUUAAUAUUGCAUUUAUUUCUGCUUAAUAAACACAAAUCAACGAAAGCAAGUCGUUGCUAACCAGUGGCAAUAUCAGUAAGAUGACAUCCACCCAGCAAAAAUUGGUGAAAUUCCGAAACUGUAGAGUUUUGCGGGACCAUCGGCUCAUUGUUGAUGACUUGUGGGUGCGUGGUGGGAAGAUUAUUGACCCCGAGAAAGUAUUUUUCGAUGAAAAAAAACAGGCGCACAUCCAGAUUGAUUGUAAUGGUGCUAUCGUAGCGCCCGGUUUCAUUGACCUGCAAAUUAAUGGCGGUUAUGGCGUAGAUUUUUCAAAUGACAUCAGUACAGUCGAAGAGGGAGUUGAGAAAGUUUCCAAAGGACUGCUAGCUCAUGGUGUAACAUCAUUCUGCCCAACUCUAGUUACAUCACCUCCCGAGACAUACCAUCAGAUUUUACCCAAGAUUCCCAAAAAAGACGGUGGACUUCACGGUGCUUCUAUCCUUGGGUGUCACGUUGAAGGCCCUUUCAUAAACAGUAACAAAAAGGGGGCUCAUCCUGCGCAGUGUAUAAAAGAAUUCGACAAGGGCUUCCAAACGCUAUUAGAUGUUUAUCACUCAUUAGAUCACAUCAGCAUUCUCACGCUGGCUCCUGAGAAAGAUGGUGCUUCGGAAGUGAUACGUGAGUUGAGUCAACGAGGAAUCACUGUGUCUGUUGGCCAUUCGAUGGCUAAUUUGAACGAUGGGGAAAUAGCGGUACAGCAUGGGGCAAAGCUUAUCACGCACCUGUUUAAUGCGAUGCUGCCGUUCCAUCAUCGUGACCCAGGACUAGUUGGAUUGCUAACGACUGACAACAUUCCGCCCAAUUCUUUGGUGUACUUCGGUAUAAUCUCCGAUGGAGUUCAUACCCAUCCAGCCGCACUAAGGAUUGCAUACAAGACUCAUCCGAACGGACUCAUUCUUGUUACCGAUGCAAUAUCAGCCAUGGGACUGAAUGAAGGCAGACACAGGAUUGGACAAAUGGACCUGGAAGUUCGAGGAGGUCGAGCUUAUAUCGCUGGCACCGACACCUUAUGUGGUAGCAUAGCUCCUAUGGACGAGUGUAUCCGCUUUUUCAAGAAGGCCUCCAGUUGUUCUAUUGAGUAUGCUCUGGAGGCAGCAUCUCUGCAUCCGGCACGCUGCUUGGGUAUCGAGAAACAGAAAGGAACAUUGGACUACGGUGCCGACGCCGAUUUUGUUGUUUUGGAUGACUCUCUAAAUGUGCUUUCUACGUGGAUAGCUGGUAAAUGCGUUUAUGAGAAUAAAAUUGAACUAAAAACACAUGAUUGAAGAAAACACACAAAAAAUCAUAACCAUUGCAGGGAGUUAAUGUAGGCCACAUUACAAGAAUUUGGAGAUUAUUAAGUGGUAACCGAUAAUAAAUAUAUUUUAGCACAUUUUUCAUUACAAUCAGUGACAAUA